AUGCAAUAUGAAUUGGAGAUGAGUCUUGUUGGUGAAUUAACAUACUAUCUAGGACUUCAAGUAAAACAAAUGGAUGUUUCUAUCUUCAUCUCUCAAAGCAAGUAUGCCAAGAACAUUGUGGAAAAGUUUAGUAUGGAAAACGCUAGUCAUAAAAGGACACUUGAACCUACUCAUUUGAAAUUAUCUAAAGAUGAAAAAGGUGUUAAUAUGGAUCAAAGUCUAAAGAGAAGCAUGGUUGGUAGCUUGUUAUACCUUAUAGGCAGUAGACUUGACAUCACAUUUAUUAUGGGUGUUUGUGCAAAAUAUCAGGCUGAACCAAAGACAAGUCACAUCAAUCAAGUGAAGAGGAUUUUGAAGUAUAUCAAUGGUACGAGUGACUAUGUAAUGUUAUACUCUCAUGGUUCAGAUUCCAUGCCGAUGCGGUAUUGUGAUGCAAAUUGGGCAGGUAGUGCCGAUGAUAGAAAAAGCAUCUCUAUUGGGAUGUUUCUUUUUAGGAAACAAUCUGUUCUCUAA